AUGAAUUCCGAUUCUGUAAAUACGGAUAUAGAUGGCGCUGCAUUAAUAGACAGAGAGGCAGAGGAAUCAUGGGAGCUCUUGAAAAGAGAGUUUAACACAUUAUUCAGUAACCUAAGAACAGAGAGUAAAAAAGAAGAUAAUUUUACUGGCAAUGAGAGAGAAACCGCCAGAAAACCAAUCAUUUUACAGGAUCGUGAUGACUCAAAUUUUCGGAAUCAGGGUAUAGGUGCUACUACAACCGGCACAACUCGUGACAGAAGCUUUAAGCCAAUUUCUGAUUUUAUUGAAAAGAAAAAACGCAGUGUUAAGAAAAUCCAUCAAGCAAGGCUUAUUUUUAAUACACUUGAAGGCAAAGAGGUUUGUUCAAAAAUACUCCAACAUACUCUAGGCCUACUAAGUUUAUUGUUGAUGAGGACAAAGGUACGACUACCGAUUUUUUCUUCAAAAGUGCGAUCUGUUAUCUUGCAAUUGAGCUUAUUUCGGUACUGUUUGAGAUUUGGAAACCUUGCGAUUAACUUAUAUCAAUUUUUCAAAACUAUUCAUCGACUAAGGGAAAUGAAGGAUUCACACUAUAAAAAAAGACCAAUUUCAUCUUAUUUAAAAAAUUUCCGGUUUUACGACAUUAUCGAAACUUUUUAUUGUUUAACGGAUGAGUUGAUAUUAUUCCAUAAGCUACAAUCAAUGUCCAGUGGAAAGAACAUGUUACAUACGAAUACCAAUAGACUGAUGAGAUGCAUCAAAGAACAGCACUAUAUCCUAUGGGAAGUUUUAAAUAUUCAUGCUAUGAAUAAAAACAUUGGACAAUGGCAACAGCUAAUAAGAGAUGAAAUCUAUUUGAGUAUCAUCAAUACCAAUAGUAAUGCAAUAAAAGACCACGAGUUAAAGUACGAGCUACUUGCUAAUAAUAAAGUUAUUCUGGAAUUAAGGAAAAAUAAUAUUACAUUGGAUUUUUAUAAGAUAAUACUAAACUUAUUAUCUAAUCUAAUUAAUAUUAAAGGUAAAAGGAAAGAAUUCAACUCAGAGCUAGCUUACGAAAUUAUUACGGUAGGUUCCGGUGUUACUGAACUCGUUAAGCUGUGGAAUCAAGCCAAAAUGACUCUGACUAAUGAAUAUACAAUUGCUGUUUGA